AUGAGUGAAAAGGAUGCAGUCGACCAAAUCGAAACCAGCAUGGACCAGCCUGCGCCGCUAGUUGAAACUGCUGACCGUGAGCUGGAGAAGAAAUUGCUGCGCAAGUUGGAUGUCAAGCUCAUUCCACCACUUUUUGUGCUUUUGAUGGCCUCGUUUAUCGAUCGUGUCAACAUCGGGAACGCUCGACUCCUUGGCCUAGAAGCAGAUCUUAAGCUGGAGGGAAAUCAGUAUAAUAUUGCUCUCUUCGUAUUUUUCAUCCCAUAUGUACUCCUAGAGGUACCAGCAAACCUCAUUUUGAAGAAGAUGAGGCCAUCGUACUGGUUGCCCAGCCUGAUUUUAGGCUUCGGUACCAUCACAAUGUGUCAAGGCUUUACGCAGAGCUACGCUGGCUUGGUGAUAUGUCGCUUUUUGAUUGGAGUAUUCGAGGCAGGAUACUUUCCUGGUGCGAUAUAUCUGAUUUCAAUGUACUACAAACGGCAUGAACUUCAAGUCCGUGUAAACUUCUUCUUUUCGGCCGCCAUACUGGCAGGUGCUUUUAGUGGCUUGCUCGCCUAUGCCAUUGGCCAUAUGGGUGGCAUUCGAGGCUACAACCCUUGGAGUUGGGUUUUCAUACUCGAAGGAGUUGCCACUGUUAUGCUAGCCAUAGUCUCACAUUUUCUCAUUCCGGACUGGCCCGAGACCUCGACAUUCCUCGAACCCUCAGAGAAAAAGCUGCUCUUGUCUAGAUUGGCUGAAGACAGUGGCGAUGCGCAGAUGAGCACUGUCAAUCGAAAAGCCGCUAAACGAGUCUUCUCAGAUCUCAAGAUCUACCUUGGCUUCCUCAUAUAUUUCGCCUGCACGACAACCGCCUACGCGAUGGCCUUGUUCAUUCCGACCAUUCUCCAUGACUUUGGCUGGUCGCCACUACGCACCCAGGUUAUGACGAUCCCUGUUUACAUUGUUGCAGCUGUAAUGUGUGUGGUCACCGCAUUCGUCUCCGAUCGUGUACGACAUCGAUGUGCAUUUAUAGCUGGCUGGCUUUCAAUGGGACUUGUCGCUUGGAUCAUUCUGAUCAAUGCCUUCAGUGUGUCGGUUGGAGUGCGGUACAUGGCUAUCUUUUUCGCAGCCACAGCAACAAACACCGCAAUGUCCUUGUCCAUUGUUUGGCUGAACAACAACAUGGGAGGACACUUUAAACGAGCCGUUGCUGCCGGUAUGCAGAUAGGUCUUGGGAACACAGGUGGCAUUGUUGCAAGUAAUGUCUUCUUGAGACACGAGUCUCCCUUUUACCACACUGGCUACUCUGUGGGCAUUGGGGCACUUUGUCUAGGACUGUCUGCGACCGCAGGGUUCCUUUUGUUAAUCCAUUUGGAGAACAAGAGGCGCGACAGGGGAGAAAGAGACUACUUGUUGCAAUUGCCAGAUGAGGAGUUGAGAAACCUGGGUGAUGACCAUCCAUCUUUCCGCUACACUUACUGA